AUGUCACCUCUGAUCGGAUAUAUUGACAGUUGCGGUCCUCAUCGCCGUCUCUUCGACCUUUUGGGCCUUUUGGGCCUUUUGGGCCUCGGUCGUGGGUCUUCUUCACGGCUUAAUCUUGUGAUAUCCACCGCUCCUCUCAACCGGAGUCAACGCCCGCGCAGAAAGCCCGACUCAGAACUGUCACUUUUCCCGGGGACUUGCGAAUGCCGUCGCUUAACUCCAAGUCCCAGGUUCCCACCCACCAACUCCCGUCUGAGGCGAGGCGGUCUCGGUUGCCAAUCUGGUACGACACCGAUUCCAUACCAGCUAACCACCAGACCACAGUACAGGUUAUAG